CUACUACCACCACCACUACUACUACCACUACCACCACUACUACUACCACCACCACUACUACCACCACCACUACUACUACCACCACCACUACUACCACCACCACCACCGUGGCUGCUGUUCCUCCACGCGUAUCGAGGGCUCGGGCAACCAGACGCCGACUGCUUUUUCUCGUCCACCACACUGCAGGAGACCCAGGUCGCUGUCGCCAAUGCGACUAAGCUGGUCUCUUCUUGAGUUCUCGCGCCUGGUUCAACAACAUCGACCUGCAACCUCAAGCGUCUGAGAGACCUCACGCCGACUGAGAAACUUGCCUGCGGGUCAAAGGUUAGGUGGUGACCCCAGGCUGGCGGCUGCACCGGCACUACCGCCAUCGUCGUUGGCGCCAUGCUGGCGUCGGUGCAGGCUAGGCGUCGCGGGGCGCUGGACCUUGGCUCGUACUACGCGCACCUCUGCGCCCUGCAGGACUGCGCGCCGCUGCCGGCCGUGACGGCCCACCUGGCCCGCGGGGGCCUCGACCUGCACGGGGACCGCGUGCGGCUCGCCGACUGGACGCCCGUCGCCAACGCGCUGCACGUCAACCGCCACCUAAGCUUUGUGUGCGUGCGGAGCGGCGGCCGGCGCGCCGACGCAGGCUCCACACGGACGCCGCCCCGGCGGGAUUCCCGGCUACCCGGCCCCGCAGGCUCCGCUGGCCCACCGCUGCACUCGCGCGACGUCACCGCCAGGCUAAGCCAGGCCCUCGGGGCCUGCCUGGCCGCCUCCCCGGUCCUCACUCGCCUGGAGCUGACGGGCCUGCCCCUGCGGCCAUCCAACCUGCUCGCUUUGGCAAAGGGAAUCGCCCAGAGUUCGUGUUUGGAGACUCUGUCCCUGGCAAACUGCCCCAUGGGAGAUGGCGGUUUGGAGACGAUCUGCCGCAGUGCGAAGGGCUGCACAUCGCUGGUGCGGCUCGACGUGAGUGGCUGCGGUCUCAGCUGGCGCGGAGCGGCGAUGCUGUCUGACGUCAUCACGCACCAGGCACGGGCGCGGCACGGGGAGGCCUGGGCAGGCUCCCUGCGCUACGGGCGCCCCGACCUGGAGCGCAUGGCCGGGCUGCGCCGCGUCAGCCUCAACCGCAACCCGCUCGUCGGAGACCGGGGGGCGGCCGCCCUGGCCCUCGCCCUGGCCGACGACCUUUGGGUCAAAGCUGUGGACAUGCAGCAGUGCGGCGUGGGUGAGGAGGGAGCGCGCGCCGUGCUCCAUCUCCUGGAGUCCAACUCGGCCCUCUCAGUUGUGGACCUGCGGGGAAACCCUCUCGUUGAGCGCGAGCUUCUGCAGGAGAUGCUUGAGAAGCUCUUCGUGAAUUCUCGUGGAGAAACCGCAGAGUUCGAGUGGCUCCCCCAGCCGGCGCCCAGGGUCCCAUCGCCGGUGGCGCAGAGGAAGAAGCGGCUGCUGCACCUGGGCAGCCGGGCGAAGGGCCGAGCGGUGAUCCGCACAGCUGUGGCGAAGCAGAGCAAAAAUGAGAGCGGUGACGGAGGCCGAUGUCACGCGCCGACUCAGGAUGGCGGCAAACACGUGCCCUGGCGCUCCGCAGCCCGUGCCACACGCGCCACACACUCACAGGGAGCGAGAUCGACGGAAGCUGGGGGGGCCUCGUCAGUGCAAGCUGUGGGGUGCAAGCGUUGCCAGCAACUGCAGGGACAGUUGCAGGAAGAGCGCAGAGCUCGUGAAGCAGCUGAGCUUCGCGUAACGCAGCUGCAGCGGGAGCGAUUACGCCUCCAGGAAAUCAACUCGGGCCUCGCCAGCCAGUUGCUGCUGGCCGCGCCUUCCGAUAAGGGGGCCUUUGGGAUGGGCCCACGCGGGAGCCGAGCGGGGUUGAUAGGAGAAUGGCGACCCGAGAUAAUAAGCGAGGGUGUGAGCGACGCGCACAGCAAGGAGGUGUGGGACGAGCCGCUGCUCAGCGCCAUGGAGGCCUCCGUGCACAAGUUCUCCAGCUUCCUGGAUCUGCUCAGGGAUGCCGGGCCAGCGUCUCCACUCUGUAGCGAGACCUCGACACCGACCCACGCUGUCUGCAUGCCCGCCUCUGUCGGCCAACACGCGGCGACGGCGGCGGCGGCAGUGACUCGGCGGCCCAGCGAUAGCGCGUUCGCCCCCUUUCUGCGGAGGUUCGCGGUUUCGAAUCUGCCCAGGCCACCCUGGUUAAUACUGCAGUGUGUAGGAACUGUGAUGUACUCCACGCCCUCUGUUUCACUCACAGUGGCCGUUGAACAUCCCCUCCCAUUGCACCAUUGGAAGGAGAGUAGGCCAAUGUUUGCCAACGUCAUGGUCCAAAUUUGCAAAAAUACGGCGCAAACUGCUCAGUUGGGAAGGCGUAGCGAUCGUCGCCCCCCUCUUUCUACGCUACCUUGGCAGGACCCUCUUGAACAAGAGUCUUGGCACUCCAGUGAGGCUUUUCUGUUUCAACAGAAACAUACCUGCACCAAGACAUUAUUGGCAGACCUUUUCGAAGUCUGUAACGGUUUGGUUUUUUAAAAAUGUUUGAUGAUUUAACUCUUGAUUAAUUGCGUGAUAAUCACAAGUGCCCUAAAAAAAAUCACAAGGUUGUUCUACGGUUGGGAUGAACGUUCCUGACUUGAUAAGACUUCAAUGUAAAUAAAUGUGGUUGAUGAUGA